AUGGGUGACCUUCCGGGAAGUGGUUUCCGAAACCGUGUGAGUGAGGCCAAAACACGGGAAAGGUCGAGUGUUGAUUGCAGGGAUAGUAAACAAGUCAUUAGAGCAGUCUUUGAGCAGGAUGCGGGGAGGUUGGUUUAUCAGGGAGUGAGACCGACUUCCGGGAGUAUUGUGAUAUCUGCUAUUCAGGCCGAGCAGUUGUUAGAGCGGGGCUGUGAGGCGUAUCUGGCGACGAUUUCUAUGUCUGAGUCAGGAGCUGGAGUUGUUAUGGGAGAUAUUGAGGUUGUCCAGGAUUUUGAGGAUGUCUUUCAGUCACUGAAGGGAUUACCACCAUCUCGGUCUGAUCCUUUCACGAUUGAGUUAGAGCCGGGGACAGCACCGAUAUCGAAGACGCCUUACAGGAUGGCGCCAGCUGAGUUGGCAGAGCUGAAGAAGCAGAUAGAGGACCUUUUGUCUAAGGGGUUCAUUCGACCAAGUGUUUCACCGUGGGGAGCACCGGUGUUGUUUGUGAAGAAGAAGGAUGGCAGUUUCAGACUUUGUAUCGAUUACAGAGGUCUUAACCGAGUCACUGUGAAGAACAGGUACCCACUCCCGAGGAUUGAUGAGUUGUUGGAUCAGUUGAGGGGUGCUACUUGGUUCUCCAAGAUUGACUUGGCAUCGGGGUAUCAUCAGAUCCCGAUAGAUGAGGCAGAUGUCAGGAAGACUGCUUUCAGGACGCGUUAUGGGCAUUUUGAGUUUGUGGUUAUGCCUUUCGGUUUGACUAACGCGCCGGCAGCCUUCAUGAGAUUGAUGAACGACGUGUUCAGGGAGUAUUUGGACGUGUUCGUCAUCAUUUUCAUUGAUGAUAUUCUGGUAUACUCGAGGAGUCAGGAGGAGCAUGCGACUCACUUGAGGUUGGUUCUGGAGAAGCUUCGGGAGCAGAAGCUUUUUGCUAAGUUGAGCAAGUGCAGUUUCUGGCAGCGAGAGAUGGGAUUUCUUGGCCACAUUGUUUCUGCAGAGGGAGUUUCUGUGGAUCCGGCUAAGAUUGAGGCUAUCAGAGAUUGGCCUAGACCUAGUAGUGCCACCGAGAUCAGGAGUUUUCUGGGUUUGGCAGGAUACUACAGGAGGUUCGUCAAGGGGUUUGCUACCAUGGCGCAGCCGAUGACGAAGUUGACCGGGAAGGAUGUCCCGUUUGUUUGGUCAGCUGAGUGUGAGGAGAGCUUUAGUCAGCUCAAGGAGAUGUUGACUACUACACCAGUGUUGGCGUUACCCGAGCCAGGGAAGCCUUACAUGGUGUAUACAGAUGCUUCAGGCAUUGGUCUUGGUUGUGUGCUGAUGCAGGAGGGCAGAGUGAUAGCAUAUGCUUCGAGACAGUGGCAGGGCAGUGAGCGUAACCGUCCUACACAUGACUUAGAGUUGGGAGCAGUGAUCUUCGCGUUGAAGAUUUGGAGGUCUUACUUGCUGGGUGAGACAGUACAGGUGAGCAUUAACUACCAUCCGGGCAAGGCUAACCUAGUGGCGGACGCGUUGAGUAGACGGAGGUAUGAUUCCGCAGUUGAGCGAGAUGUGGAGUCUCUAGUUGGCGAGAUCAGUACCUUGCGUUUGUGUGCCAUUUCGCAGGAGCCUUUGGGUUUAGAGGCAGUGGAUCAGGCGGAUCUACUUAGCAGGAUCAGAGUUGCUCAGCAGAGUGAUCAGAGUUUGCUGGAUGCGACUAGAGUGACUGGUUCUGAGUAUGAGGUCUCUGCGAAUGGGACUAUCUUGGGAGCGACCAAGAUGUACCAUGACCUCAAGAGGUACUAUCAUUGGGUCGGGAUGAAGAGGGAUGUAGCAGACUGGGUUGCGAAGUGCAACACUUGUGCCUUGGUGAAGGCAGAGCAUCAGGUUCCGGGUGGUCUUUUGCAGAGUUUACCCAUUCCAGAGUGGAAGUGGGACAGGAUUACGAUGGAUUUCGUGGUUGGACUACCUGUUUCGAGGACUUUCGAUGCUAUCUGGGUGAUUGUGGAUCGGUUGACUAAGUCCGCACAUUUCUUGGCCAUCAAGAAGACAGAUGGAGCUGCUGUCUUGGCUAGGAAGUUUGUGCGAGAGAUUGUGAGGCUGCAUGGAGUGCCAGCUAGUAUUGUGUCAGACCGUGAUCCCAGAUUCACUUCAGAGUUUUGGAGAGCGUUUCAGGCAGAGAUGGGCACUAAGGUGCAUUGA